AUGUAUGUUCCAAUGUCACCUCCACCAGUAAUUACAGCUAAUAAUAAUACUUCAACAUCAUUAAAUGUUGGAGAAAAUCCAUCAUCACAUACAAUAUUCGAUCGAUAUAGUGCAGCAGCAAAACGUUAUAAAUAUCUUCGACGUUUAUUAAAAUUUCGUCAAAUGGAUUUUGAAUUUGCUAUAUGGCAAGUUAUACAUUUAUUUAUAGCACCACAAAAAGUUUUUCGUGCAUUUCAAUAUCGAAAACAAACAAAAAAUCAAUGGGCAAGAGAUGAUCCGGCUUUUCUCGUACUUUUAAUGAUAUUUCUUGUUGUUUCAUCGAUUAUUAUUGGACUUGUCCUUGGAAUGGGUUUUUUUGGUAUUAUCAAACUUGUUUUAUGGGUUGUUUUAGUCGAUUGUGUUCUCGUUGGUCUUUUAAUAUCGACUAUUUACUGGUAUAUAGCUAAUCGAUAUUUGAUUGCAAAUCCUAAAUCGAAUAUUGAUGUUGAAUGGGCGUAUUGUUUUGAUGUUCAUCUCAAUGCUGUAUUACCUUUACUUACUAUUUUACAUGUUGGUCAACUACCUUUUCUCAAUUCAUUUGCUGUUACAACAAGUUUUCUCUAUUGUUUUAUUGGUAAUACUGUAUGGGCUAUUGCAGUCGGCUAUUAUAUAUACAUAUUAUUUCUUGGUUUUAGUGCACUGCCAUUUCUUCGUAAUGUUCAUGUGCUUCUAUAUCCAUUAACGGGUCUUUUUCUUACUUAUAUUCUUUCGAUCAUGGUUCGAUGGAAUUUUACUCAAAUGAUUGUGACAUUUUAUGAAUAUCGUGUUGGUCAUAAACGAAUACCAUAG